AGUACUUCCGGUCUUCUUCUUGUUUAUCUGGUGCUCAGCGGUGUUGUGAUAUUUUUGGACUUUAAUUUCUAAAUAAUAUGGCAUCCAAACGCUUGGCGUCUUCGAAGGCUCCCCCCGCCGAACCGAAGCGCCGGAGAAAAAUGCUCACUAUUGUUGAAAAGGUGGAACUCCUCGACAUGUUGAAGUUAGGUAAAAGCUACACGAGUGUAGGCCGCCAUUACGGAAUCAACGAGUCAACUGUACGCUACAUAAAGAAGGACGAAAAAAACAUAAGGGCGACGGCAGCCAUUACUCUUAAUAAGAACGCGAAGAGGGUGGUGACGCCGCGGAAUAAGACCAUUGUGAAGAUGGAGUCCGUACUGGCUGUGUGGAUCAGCGAAUGCAAGAUGAAAAAUAUCCGGCUCGACACGAACAUCAUCCGCACGAAGGCGAAGAAGCUUUAUGAAGAUUUUGCUAAAAGUGACUAUGUUCCCGACGGAGGCCAGGACGACGCCGCCGAGGAAGGUACGUCGAGUGCGUCUAAGAUUCCGUUUAAUGCCAGCAAGGGCUGGUUCGACAAGUUCCAGAAACGUUUUAAGAACGUUUCUCUACGCGGAGAAGCUGCCUCGGCGGAUAAAGCCGCGGCUGAAGAGUUUGUCCACAACACAUUUAAAACUUUUAUCGAGGAAGCGGAUAAAGCCAGAGCCGAGGAAUUUGUCCGCAACACAUUUAAAACUCUAAUCAAGGAAAGAAGCUACCGACCUGAACACGUUUUCAACAUGGCCGAGACUGGUUUAUUUUGGAAACGAAUGCCGUCUCGCACUUUUAUUAUGAAGGAGGAAGCCAACGCUCCUGGAUUUAAGGCUCAAAAAGAUCGUUUUACUUUAGUUAUGUGUGGGAAUGCUGCUGGCUUUAUGAUAAAGCCAGGGCUUGUUUAUAAAUCCGAAAACCCAAAGGCCCUGAAAAAUAAGAAUAAAAAUGUGUUGCCUGUGUACUGGAUGCAUAAUCCAAAGGCCAGGAUGACAAACUCCCUCAUCUCAAAUUGGUUCCACCAGUGUUUUAUCCCGGAAGUCCGAUUGUAUCUAGCAGAGAAAGGACUCGAAUUUAAAGUACUUUUGCUCUUGGAUAAUGCUGAAGGCCACACUGUCGAUGUGUCGUUUGAUGGCGUGCACAUUGAGUUAUUGCCCCCAAACACCACGUCGCUAAUUCAGCCCAUGGAUCAAGGUGUUAUUCGUGCAUUUAGGGCUCUUUACACACAAAGUAUCCUGCAAAACCUUGUCGAUGCAAAGGACUCUGACGAGAACUUCACACUAAAGGCGUACUGGCGUGACUACAUUAUUGCGUCGUGUCUCCUAAAUAUACAGAGAGCUGUAAGUGAGAUCAAGAGUGAAACAUUAAACGUGUGCUGGAAAAAGAUGUGGCCGGAAGUGGCGCACGACAAGGGAUUGUCUCCUGAUGAAGUCCAUCGCUGUGCAGUGGACAAGGUUGUGAAGCUGGCAAAACUACUGGGAGGAGAGGGCUUCAAUGACAUGACUGCUGAUGACGUAAAUGAGCUGAUGGACGCCCACUCACAACCUUUGUCAGAUGAAGACCUGAGGGAAUUGACGUCAGCGAGCGAGGAAGAGGAACAGGAACGGGAAGAACAGGAAGAAGAGGAAUUAGGCACUGAUGAAGACGAAGAGGUUGGUCUGACACUAAAUCGCCUCGCAGCCAUGGUCAGAAUGGCCAAAGAACUGCAGCAGAUGGCACAAGAAUGGGACCCCCACAUGCUUCGUUCGCUGCAGUUUUCAAAUACCAUCGAGGGUGGCAUGACUGUUUAUAAAAACCUCCUUGCUCAGAUGAAGAAGCAGCAGCAACAACUACCUAUCACUAUGUUAAUCACACAGAAGAGGUCUUCAUCAUUUGCCGUGUCACAGGCGCCGCCAUCAUCAUGAGGGCACAUUGCUGUCAUCUUGUGGCGGUAUUGAAGACCGCUCAAGAUGAGAGCUGAGGAAGGACAAAGAGCUGCAGCGCAGGACCAAAAUUGUUUCUGAAACUUUCAAAAAGUGGGGAGUACUUUUUUAAAAGUACAAAAUAGGCACAAAUGUUUUUUCAUGAUUAUUGACUAUACACCAUCAUCCAUCCAUCCAACCAACCAACCAGACUAUUGAUUGAUUGAUAGAAACUUUUAUUAGUAGAUUGCACAGUGAAGUACAUAUUCCGUGCAAUUGACCACUAAAUAGUAACACCCGAAUAAGUUUUUCAACUUGUUUAAGUCGGGGUCCACUUAAAUAGAUUCAUGAUACAGAUAUAUACUAUUUUCAUAAUACAUACUAUAAGGUUAUUUGAGAGACAAUACUAUUCAAAGUGCAGUACACCAGAGGGAAAAUUUGGUAUACACUAUGUAGGUAAUGUAAGGAUAAUUUAAGAGUAAUGAACUGUCUGAAUUAUAAUUGAUGUGUCCAUCCAUCCAUGGAUGUUUGAAUUAUAAUUGAUGAUAUAUAUCAGUGGUUCUCAAAUGGGGGUACUUGAAAGUAUGCCAAGGGGUACGUGAGAUUUUUUUUUAAUGUCUGUCAAAAAGAACUGUGAAAAGAAAUGCAACAAUGCAAUAUUCAGUGUUGACAGCUAGAUUUUUUGUGGACAUGUUCCAUAAAUAUUGAUGUUAAAGAUUUAUUUUUUUGUGAAGAAAUAUUUAGAAUUAAGUUCAUGAAUCCAGAUGGAUCUCUAUUACAAUCCCCAAAGAGGGCACUUUAAAUUGAUGAGUACUUCUAUGUGUAGAAAUCUUUAUUUAUAGUUGAAUCACUUGUUUAUUUUUCAACAAGUUUUUAGUUAUUUUUAUAUAUUUUUUCCAAAUAGUUCAAGAAAGACCACAACAAAUGAGCAAUAUUUUGCACUGUUAUACAAUUUAAUAAAUCAGAAACUGAUGACAUAGUGCUGUAUUUUACUUCUUUAUCUCUUUUUUUCAACCAAAAAUGCUUUGCUCUGAUUAGGGGGUGCUUGAAUUAAAAAAUGUUCACAGGGGGUACAUCACUGAAAAAAGGUUGAGAACUACUGAUAUAUAUGAUGUGUAUUGUGUUUGCUAAGACUAACACAGCACACCAACAUCACACAGAACUUAAGAUGUUUUACUAGUGCAGUACAACCCCGGAAAGAUGUGUGACUAACAGUCACAAAUAUACAGUGAAAAUCCUCACUUCCCUUAUUAAAGCAACACAUACAUUCAGAAGAACAACAAAAUAGCCUGUAUUUCGACACAUGACUUCUUCCCGGAAGUGCAAACCAGUGGUGGUCGACCAAGCUAAGACGGCUGUUGUACAGCAAGCAGCAUGCAAACUAUCGUAGUACAAAAGAGGCUUAAAUCUUCCAGCAAAAAAGCAAAUCCAAGAAAAAAAAUCUAACUAUUUUCCAAAUGACAAUACAGAUAAAAACUUGGAAAAGCAUGGCGGUCUACAACUUCUUUGUAUGUGAAUGGGUCAAGGAAAUUGCUAUAUGCAUCGUUUUUGCUCGGGAAAGGAUGAAUUUCAUGAUUUAGCUUUGCGUCUUAACGCCAUGUUUGUUGUUGUUGUUGCAGGCGCGGUUUACAAUUAGCAUGUUUUUUCCCCAUCUUUAUCAAAAUAUAAACAUGGAUUGGUAAAAGCUUAAAUCUGUUAUGAUCACUGCAAACUCAUGCAUUCUUUGACUCUGCUCCAUUGGACUAGAGUGUGUGCUGCUUUUCUCAUCGUUGCCACAAAUCUUGCACUUUUCUGCCCUUUUGAUAGACUCUCAAGGAACUCUGAAGGAGCGUUCAUUCUUUCCGCAAUUUGAACUGUUUGUACAGCCGAAAACAACACAAGCAUAUGGCAUUUUUUUCUUUGAGAAAGGCUAAAUGGCGCCUCAUACACAUUGAAAACAGGUAGCUUGACCACCACCAGUAUUCAUUUGGCCGGACGGGACGACAGUAACAUCCCAGUAAUAGCAUACGUACAUGGAGUUGUUUUGAGCAAGAAGAAAGUGUCUAGAACCAGAAGAUAUGACAUUAUACUUCUAUUUACAAUUAAUUGCAUCAAUCAUCAUAUUGGACUAUUCCGAUUUUCUGAGAACUUAACACAAUGACCUGAAUGAAUGUGAAUAUUCACAUAUUUCAUUAUGAAUGACAGUCUUUUAGCACAAUAUGCACGGGUGUACAUUUAUUAUUUGUGUAACCGCAUGUGUGCCUUUAAGUUGUCAUGUCGACUAAAAGUUUUAGCACACAGUAAACAGGAAAAUGUUUUUUCUCCUGUGUGCGUUCUCAAGUGUUUAACCAUGUUUGGCUUUGAAGAGAAUCUUUUACCGCACACUGAGCAAUUGAAAGGUUUUUCUCCAGUGUGUGUUCUCUCAUGUUCUAUUAAAGAGACCUUUGUGAUCAAUGCUCUUCCACAUAUUAAGCAACCAAAACGUUUUUCUCCUGUGUGUGUCCUCAAGUGAUUCACCAUAAUUGACCUGGUCGAGAAUCGUCUGUUACAAGCCGGGCAACUAAAAGGUUUUUCUCCUGUGUGCGUGCGCAAAUGGGCUGUCAAGCCACUGUGCUGUGUAAACGUUUUAGCACAAAAUGAGCAGGAAUAAGGUGUUUCUCCCGUAUGCGUUCUCAUGUGUGUUUCAAUUAUUGACUUUGUAGAGAAACAUUUACCACAGACUGAACAAACAAAAGGUUUUUCCCCUGUGUGUGUUGUUCUGUGUUUUAUCAAAAUAUCAUUUCGUGAAAAUGUUUGGCUACAUACUGAACAGCUAUACGGUUUCUCCCCUUUAUGUGCCCGCAUGUGUCGGGUCAAGUCAUACUUGUGAGAAAAACUUCUAGCACAAACUGAGCAUGUAAAGCCUUUUUUACCGGCCUUAUUUUCAGAACAUUCAGAGUUUUUAUAAUAGGUGGGAGUCCUCAUAUCACCUUCAUAGUCUGCAUCGCUGAUCAAAGUUUCCUGGGUGUCGUCCCUGUCUUUGUCCUCAGGAGAGCGGGACGUGUCGUCACUAUCUAAUAGUGGAGCUAAGAGUUUGCCUGCUGGUGAUGCUCCACAGUGGUCUCUAUCUCUGUUCUUCUCACUUAGACUGUGAUGAAGCUGUGAGGACUCGAUUACUUGGUCUUCACAAUCUUCAGUCUUCACAGAGACAACAGUCACUGACAAAUUGGGGGUAUCAGCCUCCUCCUCCAGCCCUGGAAGACACUCUACCUCCUGAGUAAUGCAGAGUUCCUCAUCUUCCUGUUUAAUGUGGGCAGGCUGUGGAACCUUUUGGUUUAUAGGUGGAGCUUUCCCACU